AUGGCUCUCGUUUUCGGAUUUCCAUCCUAUUAUCCCACGUACCGGUAAGUUUUUUACAAAGCUUCAUCGUUUUAAGACUUCUUUCUAUAAGCGUUAGUCACUAAAUAAACUUAACGUCUCCUCACCUUAAAUCUUCACUGAGUUAAAUUUUUGAGUUCUGAAAUGCAAGCUUUCAUUAAAAACGACUGACGACAAGCAAGAAUUCUCAGUCAGAAGUAUUAUUGAGAAAUCAAGGGAAAAGAAAACUGAAAGUACCUGAAAAUUAGGAUUUUUGUGUGAACAAAAUUGCGCAAUAACUCAAUUCUUAUGACAAAUGUGAGGAAAUCUGUUAGUGUAAAAAAAAUACCAGUUAAUAAUUAAAAAACGUUUGAGGGAUGCAGGUUAAGUCAGUCUUACCGACUUUACUGUCAUUUUUCUCAUUUAUUUCUACAGCAGAGACUAUGAUGAAGCUGUUCCAGGUUUUGGGUUUUUGCCUGAUCUAUGGAGAGAGAUAGCUCUUGCUUCUGACGAGCAGGCGCGAGACACUAGCUUUCAACACAGCCAAAAUAAAUUGGCAGUGCAGAGCCCAAUCAAGAUUGCUUCUCUGCCACUAAAGCAGUACAAGCCAGAAGACAUUUCACUCGAUGUGGACGGCGAAAAUAUCAUCUUACAUGGUCAGCAUCGAUCAGAGAGAGAAGAUGGAUUUGAGAAUAAUGAGUUUAAAAAGAUUAUUAAGCUGCCAGAUGGAGUUGAUCCUACAACAGUGAAAUCGCGAGUAAUCAAAACUCUGAACAAAGGCAACGUUCUUGUCCUUGAAGGCGACAGGCGCGUUGAAGAAAAAGCAAAACAAGACGAUGGCAAGUUCGUGGUUAAAUUGGAUCUGCGAGGAUUUAAACCAGAAGAUAUCAAGGUCCAGCUUCGUGGACAUGAGCUCGCAGUUACAGGAAAACACAAUUCAGAAGACCAAGGUUUCUAUUUUUCACGUGACUACAGUAAUCGCGUUUUGUUGCCUGAUGACGCAGACCUUGGUUCAGUGACGUCACGCCUCUCCAAGGAAGGCUUGCUGAUCAUAGAAGCGUCACGUGACCCAGCUUUGUUACCAAAGGAACGAAACGUGGAAGUCUCCAUGGAACUUGAUGAGCAAGAACCUGAAGAGGAGGCCAAACCAGUAACAACUGGUGAUACAUAAGAACAGAACAAAAACUGAAUGAACUAUGGUGGCUUAUUGUAAGGCAUUACCUACUCUUUAGCAAAACAUGUUUAACUUCUGUUAUAUUUUUUGUUAAAAGUCUUAAGGGCUAGAAACAUAGAGCAACAUUUCAGUAUGCGUAGUAUCAGCGUUUUUUCGAGCAAUUUACCACCUCUUAGAGGAUAACAGGCUUAUUCUGAUAAUUUUUGAGAAUUGUAGAGAGUUAGUUUAUAGUUUCACUUGCCUUUUUUGUUAAUCGUUUUAAAAAAACGAAACAAUUAAGGAUGAUAGUAAUAAUAGUGUUUAUAAUUUUUUUUUCUGUUUCGGUUUCUGUCUUUUAGUAGGGGUUUUUUGUUACGCUAGAGUUUUUUGCCCCAUACAAUUUGUGAAAAUGUUAUUUUGUGUUUAUUCGUUAAUACCUCUAUAACUUAUUUUAGGCUCGCAGUGUUUUGCUUUUUAGUUUUUUGAGUUUUCAAUAGAUAAAUUAAGUUGUCGAAUAUUACGCCUACAGCAUAGUCACAAAGGCAUAAGUUCUGUAGUUGAAGUUGAUGGAAUAAAAGUUGGAAAACGAGUAAAUG